UGCUCUCAGUUCUGCUGCUCUAGUACGGUGCACUGUGCGUGUGCACAUCGAGGAGAGCUCCUACAGCAGCGUAGCGCUAAAAAACAGCUCGUUGUCUGUUUCUGUCGAAAAUCGGAUUUUAUCGGGUUGGAUUUAAAGAAUUCGGGGAAGCCCCGGAAACCCGAAUAGAUCUACACCGAUGAUCCCAGUUACAGUUGCUUAUAACCACUACAUCACCACAAUGUCUCUCGUUCUGCACCGGCUCUCUUAAACUCCAGAAAGAAGAGAACACACAUCAACGCAUUUGAAGAGGCCGACACGGUGAAUGAAUGCAGUGCACUCACGUGCCGUGGGGGCGGAGUCAGGUGUUAGGGGAGGAGGGGAGAUGACGUCAUGUUGAGGAAACGAAACCUAAAGCACCCCGACGUGUAAGCAGUUCUCUCUUCUAGGAUAAAUAUAACACGCAUUACAUAGUCUGACAGACAGCAACAACAACAACAAGGUAUGGCCUGUGCAAACGCUCCCUGGUCUGAAGAGAACUUUUCAUGUUCUAUCUGCCUGGAUGUGUUCAGCAGUCCAGUUUCCACUCCAUGUGGACACAACUUCUGCAGAACCUGUAUUACAAAGUACUGGGAUGAACAAGUCAAGUACAAAUGUCCCGUUUGUAACGAGCUUUUCAACACAAGACCUGAUUUACGGGUCAAUAUCCUCUUUUCAGAGAUGGUUCAUCGGUUUGGAACGUCCGUACGAGUAAAAGAGCAUCCUUGUGUUGAACCAGCAGAAGUUCCCUGUGAUGUCUGUACCGGGACCCAGCUGAAGGCUGUGAAGUCCUGCCUAGUGUGUUUUACCUCUUACUGCCAAACCCACCUGGAGCCACAUCAGAGAGUCGCUCGCCUGCAGAAACAUCGGCUGGUCGAGCCUAUGGACCGUCUGGAAGACAGGAUGUGUAUGAAACACGACCGACUUCUGGAGCUCUUCUGCCAGACUGAACAGGUGUGUGUGUGUCAGUAUUGCACAGAGACAGACCACAAGUCCCAUCCUGUUGUACCUCUAAAGGAGGAAUAUGAAGUGAAGACGGCCCAGCUGGGGAAGAUAGAGGCUGAUGUUCAGCAGAUGAUCCAGGAGAGACAAAAAAAUAUUCAGGAGAUUAAAGACACAGCUAAACGCAACAAAGCAGAUGCAGACAGAGAGAUAGCUCAUGGUGUGCAGGUCCUCACAGCUCUGAUGCGCUGUAUUGAAAAGUGCCAGGAUGAUCUCAACCAAAUGGUUAAAGAGAGACUGAAAUCCACAGAGAAACAAGCUGAAGACAUCAUCAAAGAGCUGGAGCAGGAAAUAGAAGAUCUGACCAAUAGAAGCUCAGAGGUGAAGCAGCUCUCACAGACUAAAGACCACCUCCACUUCCUCCAGGCCUUCAGAUCCCUGAAGAAUCCUCCACCCACCAGGGACUGGACGACGGUGGAGGUCCGUCCUCCGUCAUACGUAGGGACCUUGAGGAGAUCCCUGGAUCAGCUGGAGGAGACACUGAACAUGGAGAUGAAGAUGCUGCGUGAUGCUGAACUUAAGAGGGUCCAGCAGUAUGAAGUAGAUGUGACUCUGGAUCCUGAUACAGCUCAUCCCUGUCUCAUCCUGUCUGAGGAUGGGAAACAAGUACAUGAUGGAAAUGUGAAGAAGGAACUCCCAGACAACCCUAAGAGAUUUACAAAGAAUGUACAUGUUCUCACGAGGCAGAGCUUCUCCUCAGGGAGAUUUUACUUUGAGGUCAAGGUUAAAGACAAGACUGGAUGGUGUUUAGGAGUGGCCAGAGAGUCCAUCCACAGAAUAGGUGAGAUCAUAGAGACCCCUGAGACGGGUUACUGGACUCUUUACUACAACAAGGUUGUGUUGGUAUUUAAUGAUACCCCUGAUGUCCGUCUCCCUCUGAGAGCUGAGCUCCAGAAGGUGGGGGUGUUUGUUGAUUAUGAUGAGGGUCUGGUCUCCUUCUAUGAUGUUGAAGCCAGGGUUCAUCUCUACUCUGCUACUGGCUGCUCCUUUACUGAGCCUCUCUAUCCAAUCCUCUGCCCAUGUGAUCAUGAAUUUGGUAUAAACUCUGCCCCCCUGAUCAUCUCACCUGUCAAUCAAACAGACUAGGACCUUUGUUUGAUAAUAAAAUAAUCAAACAAACAAAAUAACUGUUUUUUCCUGAAUUACACUCUCUACUAUGUGAGAUCUGAGAGAACUGUAUUCGUGUUGUACUUUUCACUGUCAUAGCCAAUAGCCAAUAGCACUAUGUACUAUAAACAAUAUUACCCCUUAUAACUUCUAAGACUACACUAUAAUGUUCAAUGUCUCUUUAUCUGAAUUGUUUUUAUACUUUAAAUGAUCAAAAUUAUGUGUAAGUACAUAAUGUGAAAUGUUAAUUUUGAUAAAAUUAUCAAGUCGUUUUUUUAACCAAAUAUAUUCCUUUAUUAUUUUGAAUCAUGUUUGACAACACAAUACAAUGUUUCUAAACUUUUGAUAUUUGAAUAAAAAUGUACUUAAAGUAGAAUGGGGACAUCUUUUGGGGAAUAGGUAUAUUCUCAGAACAAUAUGUAUUCAGUGGAAUUGAUUCAUUAUCAGUACAAUAUGUAUUCAAUGGAGCAUAUACAUUGUCAGUCAAAUAUGUAUUCAGUGGAAUAGGUACAUUUUCAGUGGAAUAGGUACAAACUCAGUACAACAUGUACUGAGUGGAAUAGCUAAAUCUUCUGUAAAAUAUUGUGGGUUUUAUGCUGAUGUGUGGUUGAGGCAUCCUCACCUGGCCGAGUCAGACUGAUUGGACUCUGGGGCUGGCUGAGGCUGCACACCUGUUGUCCAUUGAGUAAUCAAUGUCUUAACCACCAGGGGGUGCCCUAGUUCUGUAAACGCUGCAAACCUUUCAAAAUAAAAUCCCUGAAAAAGUCGCUGGCCAGAGGCGUACUCCCAUUCACUCC